AGGAUGUGAUUCAGCCCUUGCAAACUGUUUACCUUGCCUUCUCAUUUAAAAGUUGCCCAGCUUGGUUUUGCAUAUUUUUGCCUACAUCCUCUGCUGGGUGAUUUAUAGUAGAGGUGAGUUAAAAACAGAGCUCAAAGACAUCAUUGAGAAAGAUGAAGUCGGUUCAUGCUGCUCUCUUGUUUGGGCUUCUAGGAGUAGCUGCUUGUCUCUUUGAAAGAAAAUUCAUUUUCGUGGGUAAAUCUAAGCCCUGGACUUCGGCUCAGGCAUACUGCAGACAGAAUUAUGUAGACCUGUCAACCAUUUCCAAGCGAGGGGAUCUGAAUAAGAUCAGAAACAUGGAACAUUAUACUAUUCAAAGCUGGAUUGGCCUUACAAAGUCAUAUGAGUGGUAUUCUCAGUGGUCUGAUGGAACCGAACUAACAUUUAUUGCCUGGGCAAGUGGAGAGCCAUACAAUUUGCACGAAAAUAAUUGUGUAAGUUUAUUAGAUUCUUUGUAUUAUAAUAAUAACUGUUCACUGUCUAUGCCGUUCUACUGCUACUACUGGAGACCUCAAAUUAUUGUGGUGAAUGAAAUGAUGGACUGGGAAGGGGCACUGAUGUACUGCAGAAGCAACUACGAAGACUUGCUAGGAAUAGACACAGAAACGGAUAUGCUGGCUGUCAACCACAGCCUGAUUAAUCAAACCACCACUGUAUGGACUGGACUACGCUUCAUGGCCGGCCUGUGGUUCUGGGUGAACAAUGGACUUCUGAGUAACCUGACCUUGCUGCCUUCGUGCCCUGCCAGACCUUUCCAAUGUGGAGCAAUAACGCCUGAUAAGGUCUUCGAGAUUAGAGACUGCAAUGAGAAAAUGAACUUCCUUUGCUACAAAGCAGAAGUAUAGUGGAGGUCAACUACAGUAGGUCACCGCAGCCCAAACCAAGAGAAGACCAAGAAAAAAUAUAUGGUCCGUGUUCAUCUGUAAAAUAUAUAAAAUUCAUAUGGAAAAAACCUUUUCAAAGCCAUAAAGAUUCCUUUUCUUGUAACUUUUAAAAUAAAUCUUUCAAGUUCAGAUGUCAAGGUAUAUUUUAUGCUGAUUCAGAAAGAAGGGCACAAAAGCAAAAGGUGCUUUGUGUUUUAUAUUCGAUUUGCUGAUUAUUUCUCUCUUCUGGAACAAAAGAUUUGGGACAUAAUCUGUACAUGACUGUAGCACAUACUGUACUGUACAUCUAAGACCAAAUAUAUAUUUAAUUUGUAGAAUAUAAGACUGGAAAUAAGGAGGUUUGAAGAAUUUUAAAAUCUAUUGAACAAAAUUGCAUUUUUUUCUAUUCAAGCAUGUGAUUGAAUGUCACUCAAUGUUUUGUACUGUAUUUCAUCAACGUUUUAUCCCUGAAACACUGUCAACAAAACUGAAAGGGGACG